AUGCACCAACACUCGUGCAAAGCGCAUCAACAACUUCAAUUAACUAACGAUGAGGGAUCGCCGUCCAAGCAUCAACCUCGAUGUCGCCACCACCUUUGCCAUCGUCGGAUGCUCAACAACCACCGGCGACAACAAGCCACCAGACGCUACAAAAUGUCGGAGACGCUGGAACGCCUUUCCUUAGAAUCAGACUUCCACGAAGCCCAGCUCAAUGGCUUGAGGCCAACGCUUAUUUUCAACUUCACCAACAAUCGACACUACCAAAUCUCACCAGUUUGCAAUCGGUUUCCAAACCCUGACCUACCUACAACUACUUUGCCCCAACUUCGGCACCAUCAACAAUAA